AUGGCGGCACAUGCGCCGCCACCUGCCGCGCCGUCUUCCACGCAUGCGUCGCGUGUUCUGUCUCUCUCCAGCUCGUCUCCCUUAUGGGCUUCGUUCCCGCCUCCGUACUUGCCCUGGGACGCGUCGCUCGGGGACUUCAACCCCCGCUUCGAGCACAUCGUUCUGCCUCUGCUGCCAUUCCUGCCUCUGCUCUUCUCGCUGCGCGCCUCCUGGGAGGCUGCAUCUUCUCCUCGCCGCCCUCUGGCGCCUCUGGACCGCCGGCGAACUGUCAUUCUCCUCGCGCUCGCUCUGCUGCUUGGCCUUCCGCUGCUCGUCGACCUCCUCGCCGCUGCCUCUGUCCUCAGCUGGCACCAGCCGCUGGACUCUGACCAAGCCUGCAUGGUGGCCUCUCAAGCUCUCUUCUUCCUGCUCUUCCUCGUGCUCCUCCUGUACGAGGCGCGGCGCAGACUCCCGGAGAGCGGCGCCCUCAAACUGGCGCUGUCGACCGCUGCUGCUUCGCAGCUCCUCUGCAUGCAAACUGCAAUCCGCCUCUCCGUCAAGAACCGCGCCUGGGGCUUGUGGGAAUCCCUCCAAACUGCGGCCUCUCUUCUGAUCGGUCUCCUCACGUGGAAUUACUGUCUCCUCAAAAGACCCACAGAGCGACGCCGUGGCACCCGCAUUUCCCCGUUUCGAGUUCGCGACGCAUCCGCGUCUACUGGAAACUCUUCUUUCGUAUUCCACGAUACGCGCCAGACGCGCUGGCGCUUCGCCAGACGGGACGACGACGCGCGAGCGGCGCCGCUGUUGAGCGACGAAGAAAGCUGGGACAGCGAAGCGGGAGGCGAGGCCGAGGUGUACGUACACCCGGCAGGCGGAGGGAAGGCUCUUUUGCCGGAGGCGCAGGCGAGUUUGUGGGAGAAGUUGAGUUUUUCAUGGCUGUCUCCACUCGUGGCCAAAGGCCGAAAGCAGCCGCUCACGCAGGAGGAUCUUUACACUCUUCCCGCGUGUCAGAAAACCAAGGUCCUCGCAGAUACUCUCGAAGUCGCCUGGCAAGCUGAAGAAGAACGGAGUCGGUCUCCUCUUGCUUCUUCUGCUGCCUUUCCUUUAUCGCUGUUCCGACAGCGCGACCAUCCCAGUCUCUUUCGCGUCUUGGUCAGGUGCUACGGAUGGCGCUGCGUCCUACCGGCUUUCUUGAAACUCACUUAUGACCUUCUCCAGUUCGUCGGUCCCCUCAUGCUCCACCAAAUUAUCUCCUUCCUCAGUCGCGACGUAGAUGGCGACAUGUCGCCAGUCACGGAGGGCGUGUUUUACGCGGCUGUGCUUCUCCUCUCCAGCCUGCUCCAGUCCUUCAUCUUGCACCAGUACUUCCAUCUGCAGAUGAAGUUGGGCAUGGAUGUCCGCGUCUCUGUCGCGGCGCUGAUUUAUCGCAAGGCGCUUCGCCUGUCCCCAGGCGCGCACACAAACCGACCGGACCAGUCUGAAGCUGCGAUGUCCGCCGGCAAGGUCGUGAAUUUGAUGUCCGUCGACACGCAGCGACUCCAAGAUCUCAUGCUCUAUCUCCACAUUCUGUGGUCAGGGCCGCUGCAGAUUCUCCUCGCUCUUCUUCUCCUCUUUCGGCACGUCGGCGUCGCGGCUCUCGGCGGCGUCCUCGUCAUGCUCGUCGGAAUCCCCACCACAGGGUACGUGAGUCGGCGGAUAAAACUCUUGCAAAGCCGCGUGAUGGCCGCCCGCGACGCGCGCGGAAAGGUGACGAACGAGUUUCUCUCUGCGAUGAAAGUGAUCAAGUUGUACGCUUGGGAGGGGAGUUUCUCUGCAUGCAUUUCUCGGCUGCGGUCGCAGGAGCUGCGCCUUCUCUGGAGGUACCAAGUGACGAACAACUGGAUGCGUCUGCAGUGGCUAGGCAUGCCGCUCGCUGUCUCCUCCACGACGUUUGGGCUCUACGUAUGGAGACACGGCGCGCUCGAUCCGGCGACGGUCUUCACUGCUCUCGCCCUGUUCAACGCGCUCGGCUUCCCCAUGCAGAUGGUCCCCGCGACAGUCAAUAACUCUGCAGAGGCGAGCGCCUCGCUGAAGCGCAUCCAGGACUUCCUCGACGUCCCCGAAAGACCUGGCCUGUCCCUCUCGCUCUCUGGCGCUGCCCGUCACGGCCUCAUCGACGUCGGCGAAGCCAAGACAGCAGACAGCGAAGCGGGAGGGAGCAGCGGAGGAGCUGGAGGCGAGGCGAAGAAGAGAACAGUGAAGGACGGAGAGGCGAGGAAGGCAACCGACACCGACGACGGACAGCCUGCGUUGCCGCCUUCGCUUCCCAAGGGGAUGCUCGCAAUUGAUGUGAAGGAGUGCGACGUCGUCUGGGCGAACGGAGACACGCUGUUCAGAGGACUGAAGUUCCAGUGUCGCGCAGGGUCGCUGACAGCGGUUAUCGGACCUACGGGCGCUGGGAAGAGCGGAUUACUGUCGACGUUGUUGGGCGACACGACGGCGUCUCCGGUGGCUGCGUCUCGCGGCGGAGGUUCGAUUUCUUUACUGCCCGAGACUUCGCCUGUCUCGGUGGUGGGGAGAGUGGCGUACGUCUCCCAAGAGCCUUGGAUUCGAAACGCCUCGCUGCGCGCAAACAUUCUCUUUGGGUCGCCUUUCCUACCUGAGUGGUACAACUGUGUGCUGGACUGCUGCGCUCUCCGGCCAGACCUCGCGCUGCUCCCGGCCGGGGACGAGACCGAAAUCGGCGAGCGCGGAGUGAAUCUAUCGGGCGGCCAGAAGCAAAGAGUCGCGCUCGCGAGAGCUGUCUACGCGCAAGCAGACGUUUACCUCCUCGACGACUGCUUCUCAGCUGUCGACGCCCAUGUCGCUGUGCACCUCUUCACCAACUGCGUCCGCGGCCUUCUCCGCAGUCGCACCGUCCUCCUCGUCACACACAAGCUCGGCCUCGCGCUUCCUGCCGCCGACCAGAUCCUCUUCCUCGGAAACAAAAAAAUUUUUUUCGACGGAUCACUCGAGACUCUGCAGAAACUCCCGGAGUUCCAGAGUUUCUCCUUGCAAGAAGAACGUGAAGAAGCCGCGCGCCAACGCCAGGUCGACGAAGAGCAGAAGGAUGGCGACGCCGUUUCCCACACCCUUUCAUCUAGACGGCGCGACCAAGCUUCUCUCUGUCUAGCUCCGCCAGGCAGAGACGAAAAGGCGGCGCCUCGUGACGCUCGGGCAGCAGAGAAUUCUGACGAAGAGGCGACAGCAAUGAACUCGAACGAACGAGAAAGAAACUCCGCUCCUGGUGCCGCUGUGCAAAUUGAAGAGACGGCCGAGCCGCAGUCGCAUGCGAGGCGCGGAGCUCUGAUUGACGAGGAGCGCCUUCACCACGGCAGUGUCGGAACAGCCGUCUACCUGGAGUAUCUGAAAGGAGCAGGAGGCUUUGCCGUCGCAUCUGUCGUUGUCGGCUGCUUUGCUGUCUCCAACGCCAUCCUUGUCCUCGCAAAUCUGUGGCUGUCGCACUGGUCAGACCAUUCCGCAAAGCAGCAAAGUCUGCUCCGCGCUUCUUCUCUUUCUUCGUCUUCUCCGUCGUCAGGGCGGUCCUGUCCCCGGUCGCUGCUCUGCUCCAUGUUUCCGAGUUUCUCUUCAUGCGAGGCAGAGUGCAUGAGCGAUGACGCGUUGUCUGUCCAGACCGGCUUCGGCGUCUACGUCGGCCUCGUGCUCCUCCACUUGAUCGUCGCCGUCGGGGGCCUUGCCGUCAUGGUCAGAAGCGCACAGUCUGCCGCGCGGUUCUUCCACGAGCGUCUCCUCAGAGCCGUCACCGAUGCUCAGAUGUCUUUCUUCGACACGACGCCCCUCGGGCGCGUCCAGAACCGUUUCACUCGCGACUUGAACGUCGUGGACGAGACGCUUCCGCAGACGCUGGGGACGUACGCGAAUUUGUGGUUCAAGGCUUUGGCUACUUUCACGGCGAUUGCUUUUGUCUUUCCUCUGUUCAUCCUCUUUCUCCUCCCGCUCCUCGUCUUCUACCGCCGCGUGCAGAACUUCUACAUCCCAACGUCUCGGCAGCUGCAGCGCGUGCAGUCGCUGCUCCGGUCUCCGAUUUUCCAGGACUUCUCAGAGACUCUCGACGGCGUCGCGACGAUUCGCGCCUUUCGACAGCAGGCGCGCUUCCGAGCGCAAAGCGAAGAAAAGAUGGACGCCGAACUCGAGGCAUGUUACCUCUACUUCGCCUCCAAUCGCUGGCUCGCACUCCGCCUCGAGUUCGUCGGCACUCUCGUCGUCACCUUCACUGCCCUCUGCGCCGUCUUUGCGAAGGCGAGUCUUCAGCAACUCUCUUCACCCUUCUCACCCUCCUCGCAUUCCUCACCUUCCUCUCCGUUCUCUCUGUUCUCUCUGUUCUCUGCGCCUCUCUCUUCUGCAUCUCUUGCUGCGUCGGUGGGAGGUUUGGACGCGGAAGGCGAAGCCGGCUUGGGGCAGGGCGGUGGCGCGUCCGUGGAUUCUGCGCCUUUUGCCGCUUUCGAAGGAGCUCUGUGGGGACUGCUGUCGUUCCUCUCUCUGGGCGCUCGAAUGCAUGCGCCGCAAGGCCUCUCCUCCGGCCUGGGCGGUCUCGCGAUUUCGUACGCGCUCAACAUCACGCAACACCUCAACUGGCUGGUGCGAAUGGCCAGCGAGACAGAGAGCAACGUCCUUGCCGUGGAACGAAUCAAAGAGUACGCGGACAACAUCCCCUCUGAACAUCUCGAGCCCAGGAACGCUUGGCGCGCGCGAACCGCGACGGCGCGAGGGGACGGUCGCGCUUGCAGUCCAGAGAGGCAGGCGCGCAACGGAGAAGCAAGCUUCCACGGCGUUUGUGGUCGCGAGCGAAACGACCGGACGGAGGAUGACUGGCCACUCGAAGGACGCAUUGUGCUGAAGAAUUUAAGCGCGCGAUAUCACCCGGACGGCCCUCUCGUCAUCAAGGGCAUCAACGCGGAGUUCGGACCCGGCGAAAGAAUCGGUUUGGUAGGACGCACAGGUGCUGGCAAGAGCACGUUGCUUCUCACGAUGCUGCGUAUGGUCGAGCCUGCGACUGGGUCGGUGUUUGUCGAUGGGGUAGACACUUUGGACGUUCCACUUCGCGUCCUCAGAUCGAAGUUCUCGAUCAUUCCUCAAGACCCGGUUUUAUUUUCCGGAACGAUUCGCUUCAACGUCGACGCUGUUGGACGGCAUACCGACGAGGAAAUUUGGUCGGCGCUCGAACGCGCUCACUUGGCUUCUCACAUCCUCUAUCUCUCUUCUUCACCUCGUUCUUCUUCGUCUUCUGCUUCGUCUUCCGCGUCUUCAUCUCACUCUUCUUCUGCUUCUGCUUCUUCCUCUUCCAAGGCGUUCUUCUCUUCUUUCGAAGACUCUCCCCAGAACGGAGGUGGGGAGAGAGUGUGGGGUGUCUGCACACCCGAGCGCGGCGCGGCUGUCGACGGUUACGUACCUCUCGAAGAUCGCGAAGACGAGAUCUGGUCUCUGCGAAAGGCUGCGUUGGACAUGCAGGUGGAGGAGAAUGGGCAGAAUUUUUCGAUGGGCCAGCGGCAACUGCUCUGUCUCGCGAGAGCGUUGCUGCGGAAGAGCAAAGUUCUUUUGCUGGACGAGGCGACGUCCGUGGUCGAUCCGCGCACCGACGCCCUGAUCAAGGAGACGAUUCGCCGAGACUUCGGAGACUCCACGCUCAUCACGAUUGCGCACAAACUGGAGACAAUAAUUGACUACGACCGAAUUCUCGUCAUGGCUGAAGGAGAGGUCCGAGAACUCGGUCCUCCCGCGACGCUCUACAGGGACCGGAAAAGCAUCUUCCGCCGUUUGUGUCUGCACGAUGGAGUAGUGCCCGCGGCUGCGCUGGCAAGCAGCCAAUCGUGA